GGCGUUUCACCCGGCCGCCAUUUUGUAUCGCCAGUCACUCGAAGUUGUUUGGCAACGACAGACGAAGUGAACUGGUUUCAUACGAUGUGAUUACUAUUUCGAUGAAUUUGUUUUGGUCUGAACUAGAAUCCAACGACGGGUUUCCGCUGUUUGUGUUGCUAUCCAACGUGUCACCGUCUAAACAUUUACGACCUUUUCUCCAGUGUACAGCUAACAGUGUUAGCUUACCAACUGCUAGCCAGCGAGCUAGCUCAAAGCCGUCCUAGCAUUACGCUAGGUUUUGGGGAAGAGGCGAAAUGGCGGCCAACACGGCACAAGCAACCCCGACAAAUAACUGGUCCUAUGGUGCUACUGCAGAAAGCCAUGUCCAUGAAAAGCCAGAAUGGGAGAAAGCAAGGCAGGCACUUGCUUCUAUCAGCAAGAGCCAGGCCAAGAAUACUCAAGCAUCAGAGUUUCAGGCGAGAGUGACUGACGUUGCCAUGCAACAGCAGCAAUAUUAUCAAUGGUAUCAGCAAAAUCAACCUCAGUAUCCAGGAUACACAUACCCGUAUAACUACUACUACCCCAUGGCUCCUUAUGGAGUUUCGUAUCCUCCAAGUCAGUAUCCUGCACCCCCGGGGACUUACCCGACAACGCCCGCCUCAAAUGGACAGCCUCCUCCAGUACCCGGAAUGGAAGACCAGACCCCCAGCUACACCUCUCAACCACAACCCCCCGCCACUCCCCAGCCACCCCAAAGUCCAACCGCCUCAGAAAAGCCCACUUCCGCCCCACCGCCCCCGCCCCCACCCAAUUCCCAAUACCCCCCUCCUCCGCCACACAGUGCUUACAAUCCUAGCAGCUCCGUACCCUAUCCAUCUGGGGACUCCGUCCAAGUUUACAACUCUUGCCCACCAGGAAGAACUAACUAUGGGACAGGGUUUCAGGCUCAGAACAGCUAUCAGCCUCCUCAGAGUCCAUCCCAACAGCAGGCAGGCCAGUAUGGAGCAGGUUUGGGCCGAGGAGAGACUAAUAAGCCCAAAAACCCAGGACAGCAACUCUGGCAUCGCAUGAAACAGUCUCCGGGCACCGCCCCUUUGAAGUUCAAUAUUCCCAAGAGGCCUUACCAGGUUUCUAGCCAGGCCUUUCCAGCAAGCGAGCCGGCUUCUGGGCUCAAUCCAGCACCAGCCUCUCCUGUGACUGCCAGUGCGGCACCUCAGACCCGACCCCAGGAUUGGCCCCCGGCCAUGAAGGAGUAUGUGCAGCGCUGCUUCACGGCCUGUGAGACGGAGGAAGACAAAGAUCGUACAGAGAAGGUGCUGAAGGAGGUUCUACAGGACCGGCUGAAGGAUGGCUCGGCUUACACCAUCGACUGGGACUGUGAACCACUGCCAGAUUUGAAGGGAAAGCAGUCUCGCUGGGUCGCAGUCCCGAGAGGUGCAGACGGCUCAGCCGGGCGAGGUGCAAGUAUAGCUGCCGCAUCGCGAGGCAGAGGUGGUGGUCACAGAUUGGGACAUUACAGGAAUAUCUUUUCUCAACGGAGUCCGUCUUCCACUUCAUCACAGUCCUCUUCGCGCUCCCCCUCCCCUAACCAUGGCAGAAUCCGCGACCGAAGCAACCAAAGGCAUCGGCGCAGCGAAUCUGGCUCACAUUCAGACAGCAGCCUUCCCAGCGACCUGCGACCUCAGCUGUCAAGACGAAACCAGAAAGGCGGUCGUGGGCGCGGCAACGACAGGGAUAGAGGACAUGGUGGCGGAGAGAGGGGACGGGGGCGAGGAAAAGCCAACAGGGGAAGGAGGAACACAGACGACGCUGGAGCAGCAGGCAGUAAGAAGAGGAAAGGUGGUAAUGCCGGUCUUGACUUCCAUGACCCUGACAGGGAAGCCAAAAAGCUGAGCAGAGCCGCCAGAUUCCAGAAACAGCUUCGCUCGGAACCCCUGGUGCUGUCUAUAAAUUCUCUUGACCUACCCGAUGGGACACAGGAGGGCCUCAGCUGGGAGGACUGUCCCAUUGUCGGAACGUGCCAGGACAUCACCAAGCGUUACCUGAGGCUCACCUGUGCCCCGGACCCCUCCACCGUUCGCCCCAUUCAUGUGUUAAGAAAAUCUUUACAGGCUGUGAAAGCGGACUGGAAAACCAAUCAGGACUACACUUACGCUUGUGAACAGAUGAAGUCCAUACGGCAGGACCUCACGGUCCAGGGAGUUCGUACCGACUUCACCGUGGAAGUGUACGAGUGUCAUGCACGCAUUGCCCUGGAAAAGGGUGACCACGAAGAAUUCAACCAGUGCCAGACCCAGCUGAAGGCCCUCUACAAGGACAACCCCUCGGAGAACAUAGGAGAGUUCACAGCGUAUCGCUUGUUGUACUACAUCUUCACUAAGAACUCAGGAGAUCUCAUCACUGAGCUGGUGUACCUGACUCCAGCGCUGAAAGCCGACGAGUGUGUCGCUCACGCUCUCUCUCUCCGUGCCGCCUGGGCUUUAGGGAAUUAUUGUCGUUUCUUCAAGUUGUAUAAGGAGGCACCGCGCAUGGCUUCAUACCUCAUUGACAAGUUUGUGGAGAGGGAGAGAAAGGUAGCUCUUCGGGCCAUAGUCAAAACGUUUAGGCCCGACUUGCCACUGCAGUAUGUGCAGUCCACUCUGGGCUUCUCUUCUUUAGACUCCUGUGUGGAGUUUCUUACCGGGCUAGGUGUCACAUUCACCCCGUCGGACCCCCUAAAGAUAGACUGCAAAAACAGCACAGCCACUUUGGCUGCCUCCUGAGAGUGGGUGUAGCGCAUUAGAUAGAGGGCGGACACUCGCGGGGGCAACACACAUCCCCGAUAUUGAUCACACAGCCAGUUCACAGAGGCAGACACACCCACAGAACAUGACCCCAUCCACAGGUUACUCAACACAUAGACACAGUUUGCCCGUACCGUAGUUCACCCUAGCAAGCUCAUCUCUCCACAGUAGCGGUGCCAGGAACAUCACCUUAGCGGCCCCCCCAGCUGCUUCCACUCACGCCACACCGCAGGGGGCGCUUGCAUCAUGCUUCCUGUUCCAUUAGCACUGUCGGAUGUCAACGCUAACAGUGUUCUGUUAUGUUUUCUUCCUUCCUCAAGUCCAACAGCUCCAAGACCCGACAGCGGAUGUUCAAGUCCCGCAUCCUUGCAAGCCUCAGUGUGAAGACAAAAGAGACUGUGAUUACACUGAAGAUCCUCGCAGGUUGACGAGAAGAAGUGGUUUGUAUGUCACGCCUAACUGCUUGGCCGCAGUCGUGAGUGAACGUUUGGACUCGAGCGCACUCUGUAGUCCGGUCCAAUCAUCAAAGUCUGGAAGAUGACAUCUUCAAACAUGAGAAUGAGCCCCAUCGCCGAUGAAGACCAGUCUUGUCAAGCCAGGAGGAGGAGUUUGUCAACUUGGGUGGAGGAUAUCGCCGCGGCACCUGUGGCCGUCGCCGCCCCACAUCUUCCAUCGGUGUCGAUGACCUCGCUGGAAAGCCGCCCACAUAACAGCACCGCUUCUCCGAGACCAGAUGGCCGCCUCCGGUUUGUAUGCAGCUCGUCUGGAUGUGGGUCUGAGGUCUGGUAAGACAAGGACUCAGGAAAGAGCUGGAUGACCACCACACAACAUGACGCCUCUGGUAGACCCCCCUGGUAGACCCCCGCUCAAGGUUGGACAGCAAUAUUUCAGCCUUUCGUUGAUGGCAGGAAAAAAACUUUGAAUUGCCGUAAUCUUAAAGGUGAUCACCUGGAUAUUGGAAAAUGAAGUAUAGCUAGUCCAAAUAACGGCAAAGGUCGCCGUGAAAGUAUUGAUGCACAGCAGGUGGUCAGUCUACUGUCAGGCUUUUUGUGGAAGGCAUCAAGCCUGCCCACAGUCCAAACUAGCUGAAAGGAUUUUAGGAUGAUUUCAAUAGUGUUAAUAAUGCAUGAAGAAUAUGGAGUGGGAGGCGCUUUUAAGAAAGCGUCUUUGUACUAUUUCUUUUCAGUGCCGUAUAUAGUUGUAAAUAUUGUAUGAUCAUUGCUGUCAUUUUGAUUCCUCCGAGCGCGUGCGCGCGUGCAGGUAUUAUUUUGCCACACAUGGGUAAGUGUUUACUUUUUUGCAGAGUAAACAUGCUGAGCAUACAGUUUGUCAUCUGGGUGCAUUUGUUGGCACCCGAACGACUCACAAAGAGCUAAAGCGCCCCGAUCAGAUUGACCUUUUGUCAUUUAGUGUCAGCGUGACUGUCAUUGUCAGGUUUUAUGACUAUUGAUCUCAACAUGUGUUUUUUUCCUCCCCCCUUGUUUGACCUCGUCCCCCAUCCUGUCUCCUCCCCGUCCCGCACGCUGCGGGGCGGCGUCCCGCUCUUCGGCUGCAUUGGUGGAGCACACGAGGGAUCUGUGAGGAGGAGCAUGCUGCUGCAUCUGUCAGCAUCCAGACAGCAAGCGGAAAGAGUCACUUGUGUCUGAGCCUGCAAGCCAUGAGUGGAUGAAUGUGUGCUAACAAGUCUUACUCCAAUGUUUUUGCUUUCUGUUUCCCCUCCACUUUACUGUUGAGUUUCACGAUGCUAUCGUUUAGGUUGAUUUUCAAAUAACACGUUUGCUUUCCUGUGAACUAGUCCAUUAAGGCAUAGUCGAACAUCUGCUGCCAAACAUGUGGAAGUCCGCAGACACUCGUUAGUUUUUAAUGUUUUUGUUCCUCUCUGAAAAGCUAAAAGUCGUUACUUCAGUAUUUCUGCUGCCAUGUACUAUUUAUCACCUCAUCAGUCUUCUCACUUCCUUGAUAUUUUUCUGUCAACGCCCCGCCCGCCCUGCCCCGCCCCUCC